CCGCCCUCGUGCGCAGGCGCACAGCGGAGGCGGAGGGAGCAGAUGCCGGCUGAGCAGUUUCCAGCCGGCUCCGCUGAGCCGCGGGACUGGCCGGCUGCGGGGAGCGCUACACCCACCCUGAGACUUCGGCGUCCGCCUCCCGCGGUGCCCUCAGAUCCGCCGACAUGAAUCCCGUCUUGGUGGUCCACGGCGGAGCUGGCCCAGUCUCCGAGGAUGUGAAGGAGAGAUUGCGCCAGGGCAUCGUCAGAGCAGCCACCGUGGGCUACUGCAUCCUCCGGGAGGGCGGGAGCGCCGUGGACGCUGUGGAGGGAGCUGUGGUCACGCUGGAAGACAAUCCCGAGUUCAACGCAGGUAAAUGUGCCUUUCGGCUAAUGUCUGCUAUUCAGCACAUUGAGGAAGAAAAGAGUAGAGCUGAAAAGAAGGAAAGCAAAGAUUCUGGGGGGAAAGGUGGGACUUUUAACAGCGUACUUGGUUCGAAGCUACAUUGUUGGUUAUGGGCUUCAUUCUCAUUUUCAGCCUGUCGCUUUUUUCUGUUUAUUUUUAGCAGAAACUUGGAAACUGUGGGUGCUGUUGCCUUGGACUGCAAAGGGAAUGUGGCCUACGCAACCUCUACAGGGGGUCUCGUUAAUAAAAUGGUCGGCCGCGUUGGGGACUCACCAUGUGUAGGAUCCGGAGGUUAUGCUGACAAUGACAUCGGAGCCAUCUCAACCACAGGGCACGGGGAAAGCAUUCUGAAGGUGAACCUGGCCAGACUCACUCUGUACCACAUGGAACAAGGAAAGACGGUAGAAGAGGCUGCGGACCUAUCGUUGGGUUAUAUGAAGUCAAGAGUCAAAGGUUUAGGUGGCCUCAUCUUGGUUAGCAAGACAGGAGACUGGGUGGCAAAGUGGACCACCACCUCCAUGCCCUGGGCAGCCACCAAGGACGGCAAGGUGCACUUCGGAAUUGAUCCUGGUGAAACUACUAUCAAAGACCUGGCCUAAGCCCCUGGAAGAUUGUGUUCCAGAUGCUAGCUUAGAGGAGGAGUACCAUCUCCUCAUGAGACACAGCCUAAUCAAUUAGAUCCAUAAUUGGAAACAAAUUGUGCAGUCUGUCACUUGUUUUGUUGCCUUAAUAAACAUCUGAAUGUUUGGUUGAGGGGCAGGUUCUGAAGUCAUGAGAGACAUGCCCGUGAGCCAUGAUUACUCUACCACACUCCAGCCUGGGCAACAGAGCGAGGUAUCAAAAAAAAAAAAGAAAAGAAAAGAAAGAAGAGAAGGAAAGCAGCAGCAUGAUCCUGACAUGACAGAUUUGGGAGACCCGCAGCAUGCAGACACUGUGGGCUGAAAGGUGGGGAGGGAGGCUCCGGCAGAGUUGGAGGCGUCUGGAAGUGAGACAAGAGCCACAGACACACUGGUGGGCGAAGUCCAGGUGACCCUCAGAAUGUUGCACAAGAACAUCAGGGAAAAGAACCAAAAUCCUUUAAGGGAAAUGUUCUCCAUGUAUGAGAGAGUAAACUGAUUUUCCUAAGAAAGUUCAGAUCUUCCCUGACUUAUCUGGAUGUGUCCAGAUACUUCCAAAGGACCCAGAUACUUCCAAAGAAACCAUACCUCCCUAACCUGGAGAUGGAAGGUCAUAAUGGAGAUGCUGUGGGAUUCCAUGAAGUUUCUUGGGUUCAGAGAUGAGCCUCCCUCCAUCAGUGUUCUCCCAUGAGCCAGACUCCACCUGCCAAAGACACUCUGGUCCUCAUAUAGUGAGUGACAGUGCUCACAGCCUCUCCAACAACAGAGAGGAGCCGACUGCUGUAGGGCUGACCCCAUGACUUCCUGCGUCCUCACCCCGUUUUGUGCUUUGAGAUUCUUCCCACCUCCCCAUCCCCACCAGCUGGAUCAGGCACUGUGCAGCGUGGUCAGCAUGGUGAAGAAAGCCAUUUCCUUGGGGACGGUAUUCCCCUUUAUCUCUUGUUACACUGGAAACGCGAUUCUGCUGUGAUAUUCAUGCUCAGUUUUUUAGUCUCUCAGGGUUCACCUUCUCUCUGGAAAGAAAUUGCCUAACUUUACAUUCCAUGUACUGCUAAUAAAAUGUAUUUUGAAAGAGUAA